AUGACCAUUCAAGUUUCUCCCUCUUCCAUGGAGAUGAACGCAGCCGCUGUCGAUAGGGGUUCUCAUCCCACCCCGUCAGCUUCACCACUUGAUUAUCAGUUGAUUUCAAGCGCAGCUAGCCAAUUCGAUUUGGAGCCUGAAAUUGGACCAGAGGACGAGAGCACCAGCCCCAACAAGGAACCUGUCGAUAAGAAUUCCCAGCACUGGUACAAAACUAUGUGCCGUCAUUUAUCCGAUGCCAAUGGUGCAGUGUCUGGAGCGGUCUUGUCAUUUGUGAAGAAGAACCUCGAGAACACGAAAUUGAUAUUGGUCCUUGGCCAGGCUGGUACUGGGAAGUCAACCAUCUUGGAAGAACUGACAGGCCAAAAACUCACAACGGCCGGAACACUGAAAUCAGGUACCCGUACAUACCAAGUCUGCCCGGCCCUCAUUGAUGAUGGGCAAUAUCUCUUCAUCGACACGGCUGGGUUUGGUGCAGCUGAUAUCGACGAUAUCGAAAAUUUUAAAGAUAUCAUGGCCUGUCUCUACAGUCUGGGCUUGAUGAUGACCCCCACCGGUGUGAUGUUUGUCUUUGGAAAAGCCGGAUCCAGAUUCAUGAAGCAUGAUCUCAAAACAGUACGUUGGAUAGAAUGCCUUUGCGGUCCCGAAUUCUUCAGAAACAUCACCAUCAUCACGUCGAUGUGGGAUAAGCACACAGAACGCGAUUUCCCAGACGAGUGCAGGAAAAUCGACGAACUUGUUAGUUGGCCAGAUAUCGCACAGAUUCUGAAACCGUCCCGCAAAUAUGAUGGCGGGAUCAUGUACCAUCACGGCCUACCUGGUGGGAAACUCAAAGGUGCUCAAUACGCGUCUGUGAUGUUUAUGGGCGAGCACGACGAUGAGAGAAAGGCUGCAAUAAGACAACUGAUCCGGGACCGAUACGCGAAAUGCAAGCCAGUCAAACUCCAGGUGAUGAAAGACGCAAGAAACCGUGCUUCAUGGAGGGAUAGUGAGGCUGCCAAAGUCCUCUUGGCAGAUCAAUCCAAAAUCGAGAUCAAAAUAACUGCUGAUCACGCUAUUGUGUGCGAGAAAAAUUCUACCAUGGUCUGGAUACCGAAAGACAAGUCGAGAGAAACGGGCGAGACAAAGAAAUCGCAAAAGCGCAAUGACGCAGGUUGGUGGGAAGCACUUCCUCGCUGGUAUGAGGUAAUUCGAAGUGUUUCGGAGUUCUUUGCCGAGAUUCGAAAAAUGAGAAACGAGCUUUACCAACAGAAGCCACCGGCUUGGAGUUUAUGGGGAUAUCUCAAGAACUGGACGCAACGCUGGUCCCGCUAG